CUCCAUUAUUAUCUCAAAACACACUUAACUGAGAAUACAUCUUAUCCUGCUCAGAUGGUUUUAAACACGAUUUAACAUUUUAAUUAACUGUUAACCCAAGAGGUGCACAAACCUCUCAGCACUGUUUGCAAGUUAUUUGUUGAUUGUUUUUAAUCAUUUCUCAAGUUUCUAAUUCAACACUGACACUAAGUGUUAUUGAACCCUGUUCUGCUUCUCAGUUGGAAUCAUUAAAAGUGAUCAUUAAAUACAUUAUCAUGGGGCAGCAACAUUUAUUUUCACUACAUCUUUAUUGGAGAUGACUUGCAUAAUAUAGUUUUAAUGUUGCAACACAAAUGCCAAUGCUUCCAGGCUGUGGAAGCUCAUUCUCGUGUUGUUAGAAUGAAGCAGAGGUGUUCGGCUGUGAAAUACCUGAGGACAGAUGUGCUGCUGAAGUUGUACUGGCAGCAGUUUCCCAGAGCCUUAAGUUCUAAGUAAUAUUAUCAUAACCUGCAAUGAUUUUGUGAUUUUUGUUUAUGUUAAAAAGCAACACAAAUGGAAGCAAAUCUAGCAAAGAAAUUAUGAUAAAAUUGGUUAUUGUGGUUUCCGUAAUUAUUUAUUUAUGUUUUUUUUUUUUAUUAGGGACCGAUAAAGCUAACAUAGAUAAACUGAAAACAGCAAUCCGAUGUGUGUAAAUUACACAAGAUAAGAGGAGGUAAAAUGAGUAAAUCAAAACAUUUAACAGUAACUACAGUAGACUUGGCCUCUCCUUUAAAACUGGUGACGCAGUUUUCAAGUUUUCAGGUAGCAAGUUCCAAGACUUUCACAGAAAAGGCCAUCUGAGUAAAAGAAGUUUUGCAAGAUGAAGCUUUACAAUCGCCGCUCGAAGCUGCUCUGGUGGAUCUGCUGCUACUUACAGAGAGGUUGAGGAGCACGUCCAUUUAAACAUUUCAACUUUAAACAUUUCUACAGGUAGUUAAAGUCACUCCAGAGAUUUAAUUACAGACUGUCAGGUAGUUAAUCCAUAAGACAGAUGAGAAAGUAUCACUGAAUUUAGAAACAUCAAGGCGCAAUCAGAUGUCAAGCAUUGUCUUAUCAUCUUAAAACAGGUAAGGUUAGCCUUAGUCGUUUUGCAAAUCUUUUUAGUGUGACUAUUAAAAUUUAGCUGGGAUACCUCACUACUUCUUCAAUAAGCUCACCUUUAAUUUUAACAUUCAGGGAUUCUGUUUCAGAUAGCUUUUUAACAGAUUUUCUUGUUGUUUAGUGUCAAACAGGAGGCAUAAAGCCAAGCUGACACUUUUUGGUUCGCUGAUCUACAACAUCAUCACAGGUUUUGCCAGAUACAUGGACGACUGUAUCGUCAGCGCACAUCUAAUGAAGUCGGUGGACUGCAGACUGUACACGCCCACCAUCGACGACUACCAGAAACAAAAUAAGUCUCACCCAAACUGUCUUGGUCAGUCUUUCCCCUUGUCCAGCGAUCACCAGCUCUGGUUUGGUGGGAAUAAACCCUUAAUUCACAAGAAUUGCCCCAGCUCAACCCUGAAGUGUUUUGCUGACGAAAUUAAAGUCCUCAUUGAAGAGUGGAGUACUGUUGGAAAAAUUCCUUGUUUCACUCUAAACAUCAGCCUUACAACACUUGCGUCAAAGUUCAACCAGACGGAGUCAGAGUGUCGUCAGUGUGAGCUCUUCAGGGAGGAAGAAGCAGAAAACUUCCUCAAAGGUCUUCAGUUGACUCUGGAGAUGAUGAACUCUCAGCACUGUGUCAGGAUUCGAAGGACCCGAAGGAACUAUCAAAACUGACUUCAUGGCCCACUUUCCUCUUCAUAAACCUUUUUUUCUUUCUUUAGUCAAAUAAUAUGUGCAACAUGCAAAAUACACUGUACAUAAAUACACUCAUGUAUCCAGGGGUCACGUAAUGUGGCCAAACCACACAGUAAACUAGUAGUUUUGUUGCCUAAACAUGACCAAAUUGGGACAGAGUUGGGAGUGAGAAUUUGUUGACACACCACACCAAACCAAUUCACUAUAAUACCCACACACAUCCACACAGAUAACGUAAAACAUAAUACACACAAAUAAACCAGUAAACAUAUAAAAAUCAAUAAUAAAAUCAUUAGUUAUGGUUGUAUUAAUAAUAAAAACAUAUAAUUAGGUAUCAGUGUAAUGAAGUCCUAACUGGGUCAAGACUGGAAUUUCCAGGCUCACCUGCGGCUGCCCGCUCCACAACCUUCUACAGCAUAUUGGUUAUGCUGAGACGCCUGAGAUUAUAUCUGGAGGGCAGGGACUAAUAAUACAUGAAUAGAUAUUAUGUCAUCUGUCUUUGUGUUAAAUGUAUAUAUAUAAACAGCUAUGGUUGAAUUAUAGAUCAUAUUAACAACUUUCCAUGCAAUUGUUAUAUUAAGUCUUUUUUAGCAUAUAGCAUUAAUAAUGCAACAUAUUAACAGUGCAGGACAACAACAAGAUGGAAGACCCGUUCACUGCAGGGUCACUGACUGAUGUCUAACCGUUGUAAAGUGUGGCAACAAUCUCAUUAUAAUCUUCAGUGUAGCUCACUAACUGUUUUCGUUUUCGUCCAGUACAUGUAGCCAGGGACAGAGUGGGAGUAAAAGAUGGCCAUGGACUUUGAUCCAGACCGGCCCACCAUAAAGGCUACUCCACCGGGGCCGCCCUGCUAAUGGACUCACGUACAAACAGGCCCACACACACUUUAAUACCUUAAAAAGGCUGCAGAAUCACACAUACAAUCAUGGCCGUAACCAGCUGAGGUCACCAAGGCCCGGACCUCCGUAGUUAUAUGUAGACUUUAGCCUAUUAAUAAAAAUCAUUGGUAACAAGCUCAACUUAAAUGAAGGCUUUAGGACCAUGUGGACGCAGCUGAUUACACCAUCGCAACCCUCAUUUCAAGUUGAGAAACUGUUUCCCCAUCGAUGGUCAGUGUCCAGACCUGAGGAAACACCAGAAGCACAUGACAACGAGAGAGCGCCGCUGUGUGCAGGCAGAGUUUUGGCCGAUGAACAGGGUUCGAGUUACGUGAGAGCUCAGCUCCCAUAAGGAGGUCUGAGCGACUGUAGGGAUCAUUCAUUUAUCAACAGCCAUUAUUUUGAAUCACAAAUUCAUUGUAAUUAGUACCCACUAUUAUUUACAUCAGCUAGACUCUGUAUUGGCUGCUGCUUAUUUGUUUAGUAUUGUUGGCUUUUUGCAUCCUCCAAUUAGUGGUAAUAAUCUUGCUACUGUGUACUGGCGGCCAGCAGUGCGUAAAAUAAAUACUUCAAUAUUAUACCUACAAUAAAGGGCGGAAUUGCGUCUCUCAUUUAGCAAUAGUCUCUGAUGGCAUUUUUAACUUUUUAAACUUUGUUGCAAUAUCGCACAUCUGGGGCGAGUAGUGGACUGAUGUGUGUGAUGCGUAAUAAGCUCGGAUCUCUCUCUCUCUCUGCCGGUCACGUUGGUUAGAAUACUAGAGACCCUCACGAAGCUCAGAUUAUAACUGGAAGCCUGGCGAUAGGGUGAAGCGUCUCCCCAUCAAGAGAGACGCUGUGCGCAUUUACGCACGAGCCACAGCAGCAUUACCUCAUGUUUAAAUCUCCCGACAGGCCGACAGGAUCGUCAGGAUCUAAUGUUAAAUAAUACGCUGUCUCCACAUCCAAACGGCCUCACACACAGUCCAGGUCAUACAGAGACACUGUCUGGAGGAAAGCAUGGGCUGGAUAAUGAAUACUGCACUGUUCAGCUGCACUAUCUGUGGCUUCGCUGUCUAAUCUUUCGCCCGGGAACAGGGCUGUGGCCUCUUCCUCUUCCCGGUCUUAGCGUCUGUGGCACUGGUACUACAGAACAAGUCGGCAACUUUUUUUACAUGUACUUGCAUUACUCAGCUUUUCCAUGUUCAGUUGUUGCUCGUUUUCUGAUUCUCCAGAUGGCCAGACCGCUACAUGAUGUAGCUGUGCUCACAUUGCUGAGCCAAAGACACACAAAUAGUUAUUGAAAAGGAGCAGGGGGGCUAAAGGCGGUCAAGUGUGAAGCACUAUCAUGUAAGGAGCAUGGAUUAGUUCAAGCUCAAAUUGAUUUUACUGCAACAUUGCAGUGGGAGUUUACUUGGGUUUCCAGCAGAAGCUGUCUCCUGGUGUUUCGCUCAUGAGUUCAAGCAUGCGUACGCACCGCUAGGUGCCGCUGAAAACUACAUAUAGCUCGUUUAAAUAAAUUAAAGAUAUAUUUUGAUUCUGUAGUUACAUGGGGACAAUCAUCUAUUAAACCGUAUUAUUUGUUGUAACAUGUUAUCUGGUUUAUCUGCAGGACUGCAGCCACUUGGCAAUAGCGAAAACUGACAUGGAGGUAAAUACUGUAAGUCGUUUUUAAGCUGGUUGAGUGUGGGUAACUUUUAACUGUACAUAUGGAGAGAUUACUCUCUCCGAUAUCCAGUGGAAGCUUUGAAGUGAUCUUUUUGAGAACAAAUGUUUUUGGUAUGACCGCUAAGCUCAAAGGUUUUAAGCCCCCCUCUUCUUGUAUUAUAAAAAUAUCCUCUUCGGUUUGUUGUUCCAUAUACAUGCAGGUGUUCUUGUUCAUAUUUUUAUACAGUUCUUCUGAAGGGUGCAUAAGGAAGUUAAUAUGUAUGUAUAUCAUGGUAUUAUUAAAGAGUUUAGUAAAGCUGUUUCUCAUGGAUUUAUUUUCUAUUUUCUGGAGCCUCUGCGCUGAGAUUUCACCAUUACUCAUUAUUUUACCUUUUGGAUUACUAUGACAUGUUUUAAUCCAAGAUGGACCAUAAUUUAGUCCAAUAAUAGUUUUUGAAAUGCUGUUUUUGAGCUCUGCAAUAAAAAUUGUACCAGGGUCAUGUACUAUAUCAUAAAACCUUCUAAAAGUC